UUUAAUUUCAUACAAUCAAUUCCUGUAAAUCUCUCAACACUUGUUGAAUUAAUCUCAUCAAAACAUAAACUUUGUAGUUAGGAAAAUGGCAUCAUCAUCAUCAUCAUCAUCAUCAUCAUCAUCAUCAUCAUCAUCCACGUCCAAGAAGAUAGUCCUAAAGAGUUCAGAAGGAGAAACCUUUGAGGUUGACGAAUUGGUGGCAAUGGAAUCCCAAACAAUCAAGAACAUGAUUGAAGAUCUUGGCGAUAGCAAUGGUGUUGUUCCUCUACCUAAUGUCACCUCAACAAUACUUACUAAGAUUAUCGAAUAUUGCAAGAAACACGUUGUUGAGAAUCCAAACUCCGAUAAUAAAACCAAGGAUGAACUUAAUCAAUGGGAUAAGGAUUUCGUCAACGUUGACCAAAAGACCCUCUAUGAUCUCAUCCUUGCUGCAAACUAUAUGGAUAUAAAGGGUUUGCUGGAUUUGACAUGCCAAUGUGUAGCUGAUAUGAUCAAGGGGAAGAACCCAGAUGAAAUUAGGGCUCUUUUAAACAUCAAAUAUGAUUUUACACCCGAAGAAGAGGAAGAAAUUCGAAAAGAAAACCGUUGGGAAUUCGAGUGAUUUUCAAUGGAUUUAAGCUUUUAAUUCCUUAAUUACUUCUUUUUUUUGUUUUUGAGGGAACUGUUGAUAAUUCCUUAUUCACUUUAAUUACUCGCUAUGUCGUGAAAACUACUCGUAUACUUCCUCUAUUCAUACAUAAAACAUAGUCAUGUGGUAUCUUGUUAGAUUCGUCUCUAUAUAUACAUAUUUUCAAAA